GCUGGGGGAGGAAGGAGGAGCAGCAAAGUUGGCCAGGGUCUCUUGUCUGAUUCCCUACAGGCUGGGGGCCAGGAAGCCCUUCCUAAACAAGCAGGCAGGAACACAUAUAGCCCUGAAUCGGAUUGUUGCCUCUCAGCCCUUGCUCCUCUGGCCACAGCAGGAACGGGAGGCUCCUGGAAAGCCCCAGCUCCUUGCCAGCUCUUCCAUGAGCACACCCUGGUCCUGAGGCCUCUGAGAUCUCUCCAUGCAGGAGCAGUCAAGAACUCCGGAGGCAGCAGCAAUGCUGGCCACACCACCCACCCCACCGUCUCCAGCCCCCCUGCCCAGCCAGCCGCUGGUCCCUUCACUGCCAGUGUUCGUGGAUCAUGCAAAACAACCAAGCAAGGAGCUCAUUAAGCCCAAAGCAAUUUUAGGGCGCCCAGUAGAGAGACCAACGGAUGCUGCUGCUGCUGCUGCUGCUGCUGCUGGUACUGCUGGUGCUUUUGGUGCUGUUGGUGCUGUUGGUGCUGUUGGUGCAGUUGAUGCAGUUGCUGCUGCUGCUGAGUGCCCAGGACCAGGUGCCAGGGAAGUCGGAGUCAAAAAUCAUCGUUGUCAGCGGAUCCGAGCCAGCCGAGAAGCAGGCUCACAGUUUGCCAUGGAGGGCUUGGAUGAUAAACUGAUCCUGAACGUGGGGGGCAUGCGCCAUGAGACCUACAUCAGCACUGUGCGGGCCUUUCCAGGCACCCGUCUCUACAAGCUGACCGAGCCACCCCCACCUGGCACCCCAGCUGCUCAGGGUCCACCAGUUCGAGAGUUUUUCUUUGACCGAAAUCCUGAACUCUUUGGCUACGUGCUGGGUUACUACCGUACUCGGCAGCUGCACUGCCCUGCCAACGUUUGUCGGGAUGUCCUAGAGGAGGAGUUGGCUUACUGGGGCCUGGCAGAAGCACCGCUGGCACCUUGCUGCUGGCUCAAGCUGAGUGGCAAGGAGACCCAAACCCAGGACUUUCUGUCUUGGGAGGUCUGUGAGAAUGCCCACAUGGAUGAACACCUUUUGCUGAACCCCAUUGGAGGCCAGGGACUGCGGAAUGCUUGGAAGCCAUGGCUCUGGGUGCUUCUUGACCAACCCCAAUCUUCCUUAGGGGCCAAGUGCCUUUCCCUGAUCUCCACACUCUUUGCCGUGUGUGCUCUGGUCAUCUUCUUCCAGGAGACGGAGGUCCAGCUGGAUUACUUCUCUGCCAACUUCACUCCUAUGGGACAUGGGGUAGGGGUUGGGGGAAACCAUCAGCAGCAGCAGAACAAUGGUCUUGUUUACCGCCGUGCCCCCCACCUACUCUACCUGGAACUGCUCUGUGCCCUUUGGUUUGGAACUGAGCUCUUUGCCCGGGCCAUUUCCUGCCCUGAUAAGGUGCGCUUCCUGUGUAGCCCUCUCAAUCUAGCCGAUAUUUUCUGCCUUUUCCCUGUGCUGGUGGAAUUGGUGGUAGGUGACAAGGCUGAACAGCAACCCCGUCUCAGCCUAACACUUGGGGCCAUUCGUUCUCUCUAUGUCCUCAAGCUGGUUCGUCUCCUGGGCUUCCUUGAAAAGUCCCUGGCCAUGAGAGUCCUGGUUCACACCCUUCAUUCUUCUUGGAAGGAGGUGUGUGCUUUUCUCCUGAUUUGGGUAGCUGAGAUCUUAUUCUUUGGCUUUCUCUUCCUCUAUGGGGAGCUCUUAGGCAUGUCCACCCCAGGUCAGGGUGAGCCCCAUUUUGGAGACAUCUUUACAUGUCUCUGGUGGACUGUCAUAACUCUUACCACUGUUGGCUAUGGAGACGUCUAUCCCCUCUCUUCUCUGGGCCAGCUCACUGCUGCUGUCACAGCCACGAUGGGCAUGUGCACGGGUGUCUUGCUGGUGCCUGUGCUCCUUGUCCGUUUCCAACGCUAUUAUGCUGUAGCUCUGGCCCACCAGAAACUGAGGCCUAAUGGCAUCCUGUAAUGGGCCCAUUGGUCAAGAGGGGUGGACCCCACCAUCGCUACCUUCCUCUUGCCAGUUUUUGGUUAUAAGAUAAGGAUUUCUAAACCUGGAUUUGGCAAAGAAUCCUUCAAGAGAAGUCCCAGGUCAUGGCAAUCUCUGCUAGUCAGUAUUAGCUAACAUUAGCUUGAAGGGUAGACUCCCCAUUAUCAGGUGGCAUCCUGAAGGAAGGGGCUUAGGGGCAAGGCCAGCUAGGCCUCAGCUUCCCCCUGUCCCACACUAGGCUUUCUCUUAAUCCCAAAGUGACCAGGAAUUAUAGAUGAUAGUUCUUCCUGGAUUGGUGCUAUAACCCUCUCUCACCCAGUUCCCCACUCCCAUCCCUUUCUCCCUUUCUCCCUUCCCCCCAACUAGACCAUAGUUUAGAUGGGGGACUUUUGAAUGAUAAUAGUAAUAAGAUAUUAACAUCAGUCUCCUAUGGAUAUCAAUGGUGAUUGGCUGUGGGUGUUAAUAGCAACUGUCAGUGGAUAUCUGACAGCAACUGGUUAUGAGUAUUGAUGGCAAUCAGUAUCAGCAGUGCCCAGGCAUAGCCAGAUUAUAGAAUUGAUCCCCAUACUGGCUAUGGGACAAAUGCUCCUUAGAGCCAUAAGGAGGCCUUUGGAGCUUCUCAUAAACUCCAAACAAAUGUGGAUCAGCCAGGUCUGAACCCGGGAAAGCACUCUAACUCCAUGGCCUCCUCAUUAUCCCAUUAUAUUUUUCCCCACUCCUUCCCUCUUUUCCCAUCUCAGUGAUAUUUUUUUCAUAGUAUUUUAGAUAUAGUAUUAACCAUCAUUAACCACAAUAUAUUAGUCAAUAUUAACCAUGCUAUCUCAGAUACAAUAACAAUAUGUAGUCACUAAUAGACAUGAAAUAUUAUUGCUGCACAUUGCAUAAGUGGGAUCGAGGAAAUUGAAUUUGUUGGCAACAAAAGGCAAGUGAUUUCCACUUACAGAUUUUUUAAAAUAUAUUUUUGGAUAUACUCAUUUACAAUUCUUUUUAAAAAUUUCCAAACACUUUUCAGUACCCACAAUGGGUCUACCUCCAACCCUUGCUGCUAUUGAUUAUUCCCUCCUUUCCACCUCGUGUCCUCCUUUUUCUACUACCUGUAUGCUCUUCACUCCUGGCUUUUCUUGUGGUGCCAACAACCACGUUCCUCUCCUGAAACUGGCUUCCAGGAGGGAGAGAAGGGACCUCCUCAGGUCUGACUUCAAGCUUCUGGGGUGUCUGAGGAAGUGCUCCAGGCAACUGAGCUGAGCAGGGAGGUUUAAUUGAACUCUCACUGUUGCUGAAGCUGUGAGCAUAAUUCUGUUUACAAAACUUUUAAAUAAAAUAUCCUUUGAACUCUU